CGGCGCAAAACGGCCUCUAGAGCCGUGCAGAGCUGGCCCUGCGGGAUGGCAGCCUCUGAGGAGGAGCCUGAGGCCUUGACGGAGCAGCUGGACGUCGCGCGCCGCCUGGAAAAUUUGCCUGUGAGCGCGUGGCCCCCAGGGACAGAGCCAGAGCCCUUUCAGUAUACUCCUGAUCAUGUAGCCGGGCCCGGAGGAGACACUGAUCCCACUCUAAUAACCUUUCCCGGUUGCGUUUGUCUCAAAACUCCCUGCCUUCCUGGAACUUGCUCCUGUCUCCGUCGUGAGAAGAACUAUGAUGAUAAUUUAUGCCUCAGACACAUAGGAUCAGAAGCCAAGUGCGCCGAGCCAGUUUUCGAAUGCAAUGUCCUGUGUCAGUGCAGCGACCACUGCAGGAACAGAGUGGUCCAGCGGGGUCUGCAGUUCCACCUGCAGGUGUUCAAGACAGAUCGCAAAGGCUGGGGACUUCGUACCUUGGACUUUAUACCAAAAGGACGGUUUGUCUGUGAAUAUGCUGGCGAGGUUUUAGGAUUCCGGGAAGUACAGAGAAGAAUUCAGUUACAAACAAUACACGAUUCGAAUUACAUUAUAGCCGUCAGGGAGCAUGUUUAUAACGGGCAGGUAAUGGAAACGUUUGUUGAUCCUACCUCUAUAGGAAAUGUUGGAAGAUUCCUUAACCAUUCUUGUGAGCCAAACCUAUUGAUGAUUCCUGUCCGAAUCAACUCGAUGGUACCAAAGUUGGCACUUUUUGCAGCCAAAGACAUUGUGCCAGAAGAAGAACUCUCUUAUGACUAUUCAGGAAGAUUUCUUAAUCCACUGGAUAGUGAAGACAAAGAAAGGUUAGAUAAUGGGAAAUUAAGGAAACCUUGUUACUGUGGUGCUAAAUCAUGUGCUGCGUUCCUGCCUUAUGACAGCUCACUGUACUGCCCCUUAGAAAAGCCAAACACGAUGGAGGACAAUGAGGAGGAACCGAGUGUGUUUGGCUCAGCCCUUCCUGGGUUCCCCUCUUACGAGCAACUUACCCUCAGGGUCAGCCUCUGCUCUGUGGUACGGAGCUUGCCUCUCACUGUGGGGGAGCCCAGUGGCUGUAACUUAGGAAUGUGGCAGAGACUACAGACUGUCCAGCAACUCUCUCUCCCCUUCUAUCACAGAGCUCUCAGUUUCUAGCUGCGUGCGUGGCUGCCGAGAAUACUCACUUUUCCUAGUGAGAUGUGGCUAAGGGACUAUGUCAUAGCUAGUAGGAUAUGAGGGAAAACGUUGUGCCCUUAAGUGGAGAUAUCCUUCCCUUAUCCCACUCUUUUUUCUUCUUGGCUGGAAUGUAUACAUGAUAACUGGAGCUGGAGCAUCCAUGCCAUACCCCAAAAUAACCUUGGAAAAGGAAGCCACACAUAGCAAAUCAGCAAAAUUGAAAGGAGUCUGGAGGCUGUAUAGUGUCCAGCACUCUACCAGUCCUGAUCUGACACCUCUGGACUAUUCGGUGAGAAACUGUGUCUUCGUCAUUGAUGCCACUGUUAUUUUGAACUUUCUAGUACUAGCACCAAACCUAAUCAGUGAUCCAAGGAAACCCUGAUGGCCGAAUACCUAACCUCCAAACAAAUCUAAGACAUAGUUCUCCUAGCCUGUAUUUAAAUAUAAUUGAAUUCCCUCAAUUAGAGCUUCCAUUUACCCUCAAGGCAAAGUGGGUUUGUUUUUGUUGUUUAUUUUGGAAGUGUCUGCUUGCUUGCCAGUCUGUUUCUCCUGCCUUCCCCAAGUCUUAAAAAUAAACUCUUUCCCCUUUCCUCUGCAGUAACCAACCUACCUCUUCCCCACACCUCCUCCCCCAACUGUACACUCAUUGGAAUGCAUUCUCAGCUCUUUCGAGGGUGGAAAUAAGGAUGGUUCAAAGACUAAUCCUAGAUCUUCAACAGACACCAGACCUCCCACUAGCCUAACCUGCCUUGCAGAAAUUGCUCCCAAAUUUUUGACUAGUUUAAAACCAUUUUAGCUUCUAAAUUGUUGAU